AUGUCUGACAAGGGACCUACGAUGGCUGCAAAUAAGAUGGCGAUGUCUCGUGCGUUGGGUGCCGCCUUCCUCAGCCACCAGGUCGAGCAAUUGGAGAAGUCCGUAAACACACCGCAAGGUGCAUGGCGAGAGAAGAAGAACACGUUCGCAAAUCAGCGACUACCGCCCUUCAAGCAGGCGGACCAACGCCGAAGGAAUGGUCGAGAAUCGUACGGAGAUGUCGACUUCAGGAGACGACGGUCCCACGAAGAUUACGAAGAGAGCAAAGACGCCGACGUAAUUAUAGUGGAUGCUAGCGUUCUUGUUCAUGCCUUAUCUCAGGUCAAGAAGUGGUGCCGGGAUGGAAGGCAGGAGGUUGUGAUCGUUCCUUUAGAAGUUUUGAACACCUUGGAUUUGCUCAAGAAAGGCACCACCUCCCUCGCUGUACGAGCACGGGCAGCAUCUCGCCUCCUCGAAGCCCAAGUUGGCGUAAAUCCCCGAAUUCGCGUCCAGCAAGAUGAUGCUUAUGUACUUUGGGAUCAAAUCAAGUUUCGUGACGAGCCUGAUGUCGUCGACAAAGCAAUGAUGGGAUCCCCCGAGUGGAUUCGCCGAACUAUCUGUUGCGCCCGCUGGGAAGCUGAUGAAGUGCUCAAGAAGACGAAAUCGACAGAGCCAAAGAUUGCCUUGGCUGUGAUCACCACAGCGCCACAUCUGUCUCCAACAUCGCCCGCGGGCAAACUUCCAGACGGAGCCACCCUUGCUCCCGUACCAAUCCCUUUGGCACAGGCGAGCAAGCAUGAAUUGAGAGUUGCAGGCAGUCUCGUUGCGUACUGGGGCCAGCGCUCAGGUCUGGAUGUUCUUGAGGUUAAAUCCGAAGACGCUUCUGAGGAUGAACCAAGACACGGCAACAGAAAUAGCGCUUCUCCGAACAUCUUCGUGGGUGGAGGUGGGUUCAAGGGUGGCCCCGGACCGAAGAGGGGCGCAGGAAACGGACCAACAAGAGGCCGACGAAUGUCACUAGGACGGGACAGGGACGGAGGCGACAAUGGAGGUGGCUUGGUAGAGCGUCCCCCAGCCGUCAAGGCGAUGAUGGAGAUGGUCGCACAGCCGAACAGCAAAGUUGUCCGUGUUCUCGCUCGCGGUGAAAAGCUGGAACCCGAUCCAUGA